AUGGAUUUGACGACAUUUUUAUGUUUAUUCAUCACUAUAAUAGUAUUAGUGCAUGGAAAUGAUAAUACAAAUACAAGUGUCAAUUGCCAAUUAGAUACAUCUGAACGUAAACAAAUGAAUGUUGAACCUCUGAAUGGAACAUGUUUACAUGAUAUUGUUGUAGAGUUGUCCGAUGUAUUUCUUUCUAUUACCAAUGAGGAACUUGGUAUACCAACUUUUUUAGAAGUACUUGACAACUUGGAAUUUUCAAAUAUCACUAAUAAUUUAGAAAAUACAUUGAAUAUGUUAGUACAUAAAUUAAAUAACAAAUUAUUGUCUCAUGUCGAUCUCUUACAAAAAAGUAAUCGAAUUAUAGAACCUAUUUUAUUAAAAAAACGAAUGUAUUCUAUUUAUUCUGAUGAAGAAAAUAAUAUAAAAAGUAUUCAGAAUGAGGCAUCGGAUAUAUGUUCUGAAAUCACAACAGAAUUAACUGCAAAAUUAAAAGAUCAAGGAUGGAAAAAUUUACAUGUCCUACCGUUAUAUCCACCAGGAAGAAUAUGUGGUCCACCUAGUUUAGUACAUAAUAUUGGACCAUUAUUAUUAUCUCAACAUUGCUCAGCAAAAAAUAUCAUUUUAUUAUUAGAACAUGGUACCUUUAUAUCUGAAGAAGAUCUUAUCUUGAUUCAAAUUACUGCUAAAACUAUAAUUGAUAUGUUAUCCGAGAAAGAUUAUGUUACUGCUAUUGGUCUUGCUGGAAAUGGUUUUGUAUAUUGUAAAGAUGGUCUUGUAAAGGCAACUGAUAUUAAUAAAUAUCAAUUAGGACGUCAUAUAGAUAGUCUUACUAGAAGAGGUACCAAUCAGACUAUAAAUGUAGAUUUGAAUGCUUUGACGCACAAUAUACAAGGGGAAGUUAUUCUUUUGCAUUUAACUAAUACUUUAAAAGAUCCAUCAAAUGCACAAGAGAUUUUUAAUAAAAUAUCAGCGAUGCAAUUAAAUGCAUACUGGAGAACUAUACUCGUUCUUUCAGAUCAGAGAAAAUAUAUCAGUAUUAAAGAUACAUUGAAAAAUGAUAGUAUUAUAACUCUUCCAACUCAAAAUGUGCUUGGAUUUGAAAUAUCAAGAUUAUUUUCUGGUAUAAAAUGUUCUCAUAAUGAAAUAAAGGAAUAUUACCUCUCAGAUCCAUACUUUGAACCUUAUAGUAAAAUGAUGUCUACGUCUAUUGGAUUAAUCACAAAUGUUACAUUGCUGUAUCUAGAUGUAACAUUAAAAGAUUUUUUAGAUGAUUUAACAUAUCUUAAUAUUGGUCCAGAUGCUUAUGGUAUAUUGUUUGAUAGCAAAGAAGUAGUUUGGAUUCAUAAAGAUUUCCCGCGAAUGGAAAUGAUAACAGAGCAACCAAUAAAAGUAUAUUUACAAGAUAUUGAAAAUAUUAGUAGUGAAGAUACAGCAACAAUGGUUGAAAAAAAUGAAGGUCUCAUUGACGUUCAAAUAAAUGAAAGUAAAAAGAAAAUAUAUAUGUGGAAACAUUUAAUUUAUAAAGAUUUAAUAUUAUGCUUAGUAUCUGUGAAUGAAGAAGUAACAAUGUCUAUUAUAAAAAAUAUACCAACAUUACCUAAAAAUUUGUUAUAUCAUUCUCUUGAUCUUAUAUCACAUGGUACCAUCAACGAAGAUGUAUUAUGUAUUCAUCAAAAUAACAUCAUAGCAUUAUCUAGUGGAGUAGUAUAUCUUUCACCAUGGUGUUUCCAGUCUCCUAUGGAACAACUUAAGUUACUAGAGACAAAUUCAGGUGUAAUUGUACAAAGUUACAUGGCAUACAUAAAAGAUUUGACUGGAUUGUUGGCUAAUCCAGGUUUACAUCAUUCUGUGAGACCAGAUGUUGUUACGCUAAGCAAAGCUUUAGAACAUUUUAAAAAAAAGCAUAUAGAAAGCUUAAUUAAUGAAUUUGUUAUUAGAAGAUAUAUUAUUGCUACUACUAGUGGUGCUUUAGAAGUAUUUCCAGGAAUAAUUAUAGAUUCUAGUUUAGAUCCAAAGCGUAGAAUUUGGUAUGGAAAAGCUUUAAAAUAUCCAGGAAAGGUUGUUUUUACUGGACCAUAUUUAGAUGCUGGUGGUUCAGGCUAUGUUGUAACUUUGAGUCAUUCAAUUCAACAUUCAAUAUAUGGACAAAAUAAUGAUAAUACAGUUAUAGCAGUAAUGUCUAUGGAUGUUACAAUGGGAUACAUUUCUAGACUUCUCAUAAAAAUGUUUCCAUUUUGUAAGGACUCAACAGUAAAGUGUUUUUUAAUGGAUGAUAUGGGCUACUUAGUAUCUCAUCCAUCAUUAUUGCAACCAAUGAGUAAAGUCGAACAACAACAUUUAACACAUAAAGAGCAAUUAAUUGCUAAUGAUAUAUUAAAUCAAGAAUAUUUUGUAAAAAAAAAGACAUGUGCUAGUUACUUGGAUGGUACUAUACAAAGAUAUUAUCAUUUUAAUACGUCCUUACGAGAAGUCUUAACAAAUACAGUACAUGGAGAACAUUGUAUAAAAUAUCAAAUAGCUGCAAUACCUAAUACCAACGUAUUUCUUGGAGUUGUUAAUGUUACAUGCAAUUCUUUAAGAGCUUUUUGUCCAUGUAGUACAACAGAUCGUUUAUGUUUAAACUGUAGGAGAAUGGAACAAACUGAAUGUGAAUGUCCAUGCGAAUGUUCAUUGUAUUCUUCAAGUUGUGUACAGCAUAAAAUUAACUUAGAAGUAUGCCCACCUCUAUCCGAACAAACUAUACAUUUAUCACAUUCUUGGUCACAGCAUUUAAAUGUAAAGUCCUGUCCUUCUUUUGAUUGUAAAGUAUAUAAAACAGAAGAGGAAUGUCUGGGUAUUGUAGGCUGUCAAUGGUGUUAUAUGGAUAUUGAUGGAGUAACUUCUUUGCAAAUUCCAUUUUGUUCUGAUGUAUUUGCAUGUUUUAAAGGCAUUUUUGGAGCUCCAGUGCCUUACAAUGAUGAAAUUCAUGAUUCUCAAUCAGUAGAAGAAAUUGUAGUUCGUGAAUUUUCAUCAGUCGGACCAGUUGCAGGUGGCAUACUUGUUUUUAUUUUAAUUUUGGGUGUUACAUUGUGUUGUUAUAGAUUGCGUUCUAUGCAAUCAGAUUUGGAACAUCAAUGUUUACACGUGCAAAUUUCACCUGAUGUAUUGCAUAUGACACAUUUAGAGGGGGAUGCAGAACCUUUGGAACCUGAUCAAACAAAGCACAAUUUAGAUUCUUUUAUAAGAGAUGCUAUUGCACCUAUAUCACCUUAUAGGGUUUCAACUAAUUACAAAAGACCUGGUGGAGAUAGUGAUCAUGGUUACAGCACUAUGACACCUCAUGAUGAUUCAGAACAACAGAUAUUUACAGAACCAAUGUUAAUUGUUGGUUCUAAUGUCGAAUUAAAUAAUACGAAACGAUCUAAUAGUUUACCAGCACCUACAACAAAUUUAGGAUCUACACAUUAUAUUUUAGCACCUGUUACUGUUCAUAGCAACAUGGAAACAAAUUGUUGCUAAAUGAACUCACAUUAUCAUCGACAUUUCUAUUAUCAUUAUCAUCCUAUUAACAUAUUUUCAUCAUCAUUGCCAUUAGCAUAUAAAUAUUAAGUAUUAAAUAUAAGAAAGACUAUCUAAAUUUUAUAUGAUAGAUAGGAGUUUUAUACGAAUAAUAAAAAUAAUUUUGCAAUA